GAGCAUUGGCUACAUUAUUUCUCCUUCACCAUGUCUCGCUUGGAAGUUUGAGAUUUGAGCUUACAGCUCUCUUGACAUAAACUGGUGGGCGGACGACGAAGUUAUCCAAGAACAAGCCAAUCCGGAGUGGUUCCUUGAGUUUGCACGCAAAGAUGGAGGGUUCUCUAGAGCGCAGGCGUGAUGAUCUAACUAUCGUAGCUCAGGUCAACGUGAACCUCAUGAAAAUCAAUCUGGCUGGACUGACGAAUCCAGCUCAGAUUUCCAUUCAGCUCGUUUCUCAGACACCAAAUGCCGAUAGCCCAGGUUCGACCGAGCCAAGUAAAAGUGCCGAGGUAACCCUUGUCAACCCUCCACCAGCAAAUGGAACGGCGAGUCAAGCUGACGAAUAUGACAAUCAGUUUCCAGUGGUGGUGCCAAGCUUCUUGCUAAAAUUUACGCAGCUCGCAGACGAUUUCCAAGUCGGAGCAAUUAUUGUGAGAAACAAUAACAAGGAACGGUUCUACCUCGAUUCGGUGAAGCUGAACAUCCAUGACGUACCCAAAGAUUCAAACGACUGGGACUGGGUUUUCGAGUGUGACAGUCAGGUUCACCCCACAGUCGACCCCGAGAAGGACUUCCGGGUGUAUUUUCAUCGUAAGGCGGUUUUUGCCCACGAAACCCUCUGGAAACUGAUGGACCACGAGCUCCAUCGAAUACGUGGAGACUUGCGUGGAGCAGUGAAACACCUAGAAGACGACGCGACACAGCUAGCAGACGACUUAAUUUACGAGUUCGAUAAAUAUAAUGACUUGGGAUACGAUUUCGUUUUGGGUGGCUCUCCAUUUCCAUACCCUCGUCGCUUCAGAUGUACUUCACUCUUCGAGCAGAGUGACAGCACCACUGGACAUGGAAACACCGUGUUGCAGACAUUCAUCCACGCACUUCUUGACAAAGUCACAGACUGGUGUUUUCAUGGAACGCCAGUGGAAGAUCCCAAGAAGACUUUCGGCAGCAUCCUCGAGAUUGCUGGAAUGGAUAAUCGGUUUGAAACUACGAUCAAGUGCCUCGAAGCCCACAAAGUGCUGGAUGUUUUCCUCGACGUGUUCCAUCAGUCGAUAUUAAGCAAGAAUCCUUUUAUCGUCUUUCUGGAGAAAUUCAUCAACGUGUUCAAGGAAUUACUGCAAGCCAUUAAUCUUCCGCAGCCGAGAUCUGUGCUAACUUUGACGCCCGGAGUCGGAGGCACUUGGUAUGACGUUCUGAUGAACGACGAGGAGUUCGGGCGGCAAGCUCUGGCGGGCAUGAACCCGGCCGUCAUUACGCGUUUGCAGACCUUUCCUCCGAGUGAUACCGGAAAGAAGAUUACUGGCCUUCAGCAUGCUGUUGAGGUGUAUCUGAAGUCAAAGCAAUCCACAUUGGAGCAGGCGAUCGAAGAAAACAAGCUUUAUAUAAUCGAUUACCACGACGCCUUCAAGGCCCACGUGGGAGAGAUUAACCAAAUCUCGGGUAGAAAGACGUACGCAGGACGUGCUGUCUUUUUCUACAAGAAGCAUCCAGGCAAAUUGAUCCCCAUCGCCAUCGAGCUAUCUCUACCUAAAGAUAGUGGAGACCAGCAUUGCACAUUACACCGUGUUUUCACCCCUCCUGUGGUUACCCCACAAGAGGUGCAGCCGAUCUCUAACGGUAAGGGAGGUUCGUCAGAUCCGGCCGAUGAGCCGGUGCUCGACUUUUGGUGGGAGCUCGCCAAGAUCCACUUCAUUUCUCUGGACUUCUCAUACCAUGAGCUCGUCAGUCAUUGGCUGUACAGUCACGCAGCGAUGGAGCCAAUCAUCAUCGCCACUAAAAGGACCCUGCUCUCCAGUGUGCAUCCCAUCGGAAACCUGUUGGAACCCACCUUCAGGAACACACUGAAUAUCAACAGCGACGCUCGUCAGAUCCUGAUCAACAAGAUCGGCAUAAUCCCCGACAACUUCACCGCUGGAGAAUACAGCAUGAAAAUCAGCUCUGGUGCUUACCAGACAUGGCGUUUCGACAUGCAAUCAGUUACCAAGGAUCUACUCGCAAGAGGAAUGGCAAUACGAAAGAAAAAGGAUCCGAAGAACCAGAAUGAGGAAGAAGACGUUGAGCUGGUAAUCGAGGACUACCCGUUCGCGCAGGAUGCUUUGAAAAUGUGGACAUUGAUUAAACAUUGGGUCACGGGUUACGUGAACAUAUUUUACAAAUCGUCAGCCGAUGUGCUCAACGACCCACAGAAUCACGGAGCGCUGCAGCAUUGGUGGACCGAGGUGAGAACGAGGGGUCAUCCCGACAUCAAGGAGGGGUGGCCGGAGCUGGACUGCGUCGAACAACUCAUAGAAAUUCUCUCCACGAUCUAUUGGAUAGCAGGCCCGCAUCACGCUGCAGUGAACUUCGGCCAGUACGAUUACGCCGGCUACGUGAUACAGAGAUCAUCCAUGACCCGUCAACUCAUCCCCGAGCUCAACGUGAAGAUGACCCAAGACGCCUGGAGAUCGUACGUACUGGACACCAUAGCCACUCCCAAGCAGACCUUGCAGGUGAUGGCCAUCCUGAAGGUCUUGUCCACCCACUCUGAAGAGGAGCAGUACUUAGGCGAAGACGAGUGGACAUUUAAUGCCCAUGGAAAGAAGAAAGGUCUGAUUCAAGAAAAUGGAGAAGAUGUUGAAGAUAAAGAUGUCGUUGAACAUCGCAAAAAAAAACAUGAAGAUUUGCUUGAAAAAUGGUGGGAAGAUAUCUUCGGGCAUAAACACGCCGGGACUGUGAAGGCUGCUAACCCCGAGAAGGAUUUACAGAAGGUGUUCAAGAUCUUCAGUGACGGCGUUAAUGCACUGGAGAAGGAGAUCGAAGCGGAAAACAAGGCGGCCCGGUCGUUGCCAUGGAGCAACAGAAUCAGCUAUAGCAAGUUGGCAUAUACACUUCUCCUCCCCAAAUCCAAGGCUGGCAUGACGUGCAUGGGGGUUCCAUACAGUACCUCCAUCUAAUGACCCACCUUUUCCAAAAUCUCCUAGCACCUGAUUAUCGAUCAAGACUGUAGAUGUAACAAUUGUACUGAAGCAGCUACGAUCUAGGACUGCAUGUACUAUCUCCGAAGUUUUCAUCUUCUAUAGAGGGAUAAAUUCUGUACUCACUUCCGCGUUCAUUGAUAUAAAUUCAUCCUAUGCGCCAUAUGAGUUU